CAAUUCUCUUCAAUUGAUACGUUUACAGUAAACUUUUAUUAGUUCGAAGCUGGCAAAAUGCUGAGUCGAAGAUCUAUCACACUGCUGCUCAUUGGCUUGGUGGUAUCCCAGUUCUUAGUGGUGAAUGUGAGUGGGGAACCAUUCGAGAGCCAGAAUGAUGAUCACUAUGAUUCAAGCCCAAAUUUUGUUCCAGUAAAAGACCGAAUCAAAGGAAUUAACAGUCGCACAAAAAAUAACGAUUUUGUGCCGCCCAGCAAUUGGCCUUACGUGAAAGAAAUAGUUGAAGCUCUUGAGCCUAUAUCUCAACCGGACCGCAAUGAUUUGAUCCCAACGCCUGUUUCAGUAAAAGACAGAGCUAAAAAAAUUGCCAGUCAUACAAAGGACUCCGACUGGGUACCUCCAAGCAAUUCACCUUCCUUGGCAGAAAGAGCGAAAAAUUCCGGAUGGGUUGAUUGUUUUCCUGGUGGACGUUGUACUUAAUAAAAAAAAGACAAAUUCUGAUGUAAUUGAUACUUCCAUGCUGCUAAACUACCUCAAUGAAAACAGAAAAAUGUGUAGUCGUUGAGUGCAUCUCAAUUGAAAUUCAUCAAUUCGAAGGCAAAAUAUAAA